AUGUCUGGGUCUUCUGAUUUGUUCUCAGCAUAUACCCCUUCUUCAAGACAGGAUAAAGUUCGAAUUGCUGAUGGUACCAUUUCUUCUGUGUCAGGAAAAUGUGUAAUUCAUGCCACUGCUUCCAUUCCUUUGUCUUUUGUACUACAUGUUCCCGAUUUUAGUGUUAAUCUUUUAUCUUUGAGUCGACCUUAUCACGAAGAAGAUGAUUGGGAAUGGCAGAAACGAGAAUGGUCUCUAUAUCCUGGAUCAAGCAGACAAGCGAGCUCAUUCAUUCAUUCAGUUACCAUCUACAAAGGAAGACCUAUGGCUGUGGCACCGUCGUCUUGGGUUGAGAAUGUUAAUAGUGAUCCAGCUAUUGAGAAUGUUGAGUCUGACUCCGUAGUGAAAAAUGUUGAGUCUGAAUCCACAGUGAAAGACAGAAAAGUUUAUGUCACGGAUAAGGAUAGAAAACAAGUUACUUGGAUGUCCCCAUUGCUAAAAAAAGAAGGGGUUAGGUCUUGUACUCAACAUCAUAUUUCUCAUUUUGUCUCAUACACUAAUCUGUCUUCUUCCUAUAAAGCUUUUCUGUCUAAAGUUUAUUUUGUGAGUCUUCCUUCUAAUUUUCAAGAUGCUAUUUCUACUCUUGAGUGGAAACAUGCCAUGAUGGAGGAGAUGAGAGCCCUAGCUAAAAAUGGCACUUGGGAAUUGGCGGAGUUACCUAAGGACAAACGACCUAUUAGAUAUAAGUGGGUGUACACAGUGAAGCACAAAGUCGAUGGUUCAAUUGAACGUUACAAGGCAAGAUUGGUGAUCAAGGGCUUUAAGCAAACUUAUGAAGUAGACUACCAGGAGACAUUUGUUCAUGUUGCUAAGAUGAACUCUGCCAGAGUCCUUUUCUCCCUUGCCUCUAAUCUCAACUGGCCUCUCCAUCAAUUUGAUGUGAAGAAUGCCUUCUUUCAUGGAGAUUUGGAAGAAGAAGUGUACAUGGGCAUUGUCCCAGACUUAAAACCAAAGGAAAAGUGA